AUGAUGCAUUUCAAAAGUGGACUCGAACUAACUGAGUUGCAAAACAUGACAGUGCCCGAAGAUGAUAACAUUAGCAAUGAUUCCAAUGAUUUCACUGAAGUAGAAAAUGGUCAGAUAAACAGCAAGUUUAUUUCUGAUCGUGAAAGCAGAAGAAGUCUCACCAACAGCCACUUGGAAAAAAAGAAAUGUGAUGACUAUAUUCCAGGAACAACCUCCUUGGGCAUGUCUGUUUUUAACCUAAGCAACGCCAUUAUGGGCAGUGGGAUUUUAGGACUCGCCUUCGCCCUGGCAAACACUGGAAUCCUACUUUUUCUGGUACUUUUGACUUCAGUAACACUGCUGUCUAUAUAUUCAAUCAACCUGCUGUUGAUCUGUUCAAAGGAAACAGGCUGCAUGGUUUAUGAAAAGCUGGGAGAACAGGUCUUUGGCACCACAGGGAAACUCGUCAUCUUUGGAGCCACCUCCCUACAGAACACUGGAGCAAUACUGAGCUACCUCUUCAUAGUAAAAAAUGAGCUACCUUCUGCCAUAAAAUUUCUAAUGGGAAAGGAAGAGGAAUUUUCAGCCUGGUACGUGGAUGGCCGCCUGAUGGUGGUGGUAGUUACCUUUGGCAUAAUUCUCCCUCUGUGUCUCUUGAAGAACUUAGGUUAUCUUGGCUAUACGAGUGGAUUUUCCUUGAGCUGUAUGGUUUUUUUCCUAAUUGUGGUUAUCUACAAGAAAUUUCAAAUUGCCUGUUUUGUUCCAGAGCUAAAUUCAACAAGUCCUAAUUCAACAAAUGUGGACAUGUGUACGCCAAAAUAUGUUACCUUCAAUUCAAAGACCGUGUACGCUUUACCAACAAUUGCGUUCGCUUUUGUCUGCCACCCGUCGGUCCUGCCAAUUUACAGUGAGCUUAAAGAUCGAUCACAGAAAAAGAUGCAGAUGGUUUCAAAUAUCUCCUUUUUUGCCAUGUUUGUUAUGUAUUUCUUGACUGCCAUUUUUGGCUACUUGACAUUCUAUGAAAACGUGCAGUCCGACCUCCUCCACAAGUAUCAGAGUAAGGAUGACAUCCUUAUCCUGACGGUACGGCUGGCAGUCAUUGUGGCCGUCAUUCUCACCGUGCCCGUGUUAUUUUUCACGGUUCGAUCUUCUUUAUUUGAACUGUCUAAGAAAACAAAGUUUAAUUUAUGUCACCAUGUCUCGGUGACCUUCAUACUCCUGGUUAUUAUGAACUUGUUGGUGAUCUUCAUACCCUCCAUGAAGGAUAUUUUUGGAGUCGUUGGCGUUACAUCUGCUAAUAUGCUUAUUUUCAUUCUUCCUUCAUCUCUUUAUUUAAAAAUCACAAGCCAAGAUGGGGAUAAGGGAACUCAGCGAAUUUGGGCUGCCCUUUUCUUGGGUCUGGGGGUGUUGUUUUCCCUGGUAAGCAUUCCCUUGGUCAUCUACGACUGGGCCUACUCAUCAAGUGGUGACGAAGGCCACUGAGACCAGCUGAGAAAAACCGUCAAGUUACCACGCAUCAGCAACCCUUCAUCACUUCGUCUGCAAGUUUACAGAA